CCAGCAAACCAGACAAACCAGCCUACCCAUGUCAUUUCAGGGUGCAGCAACUCACAUGUGGUGUGUAGAAGAAAGAGGAAGUCUUGUCUGCACCACCCAUGCUGUAAUUCUGGUACUAUCUAUUCGAUCUUACACUCACAGAGAGAAGGACCUAUACUAACUGCUUUCCAGAAGAAUAUGAACAACACAAUUUGUCAACAAAUGAGCUAUAACUUUAAAAGCAGAUUUCUGCCUCCGGUUUUCAUCUUAGUCUUCAUCAUUGGUCUGGUAGCUAAUGGAUGGGGACUGAAGUCUUUGCUCCAAAACUGGAAGAAAUUGGGUAACGUCAAUGUGUUCAUUCUCAACCUUGGACUAACAGAUAUUCUGUAUCUGCUCACGCUCCCAUUUUUGAUGGUGUACUACUUUAAGGGGAGUAAAUGGAUCUUUGAAGAUACAUUCUGCAAGAUAACAAGAUUCUGCUUCAAUCUGAAUUUAUAUGGCAGCAUCGGGUUCCUGACUUGUAUAAGUGUGUACAGGUACCUGGCUAUUGUCCAUCCAAUGAGAGUGAUGGGAAGAAUAACUGUCACUCACUCUGUGGGGAUCUCAGUCAUGGUUUGGCUGUUGGUGAGCGUUCAAAGUCUUCCAGACAUGUUCUACAGCAAAACAUCUGGAAACAACACUGAGAAAUGUUACGAUACCACCAGUAACGCCUAUGUUGAGGAUUACCUGAAAUACAGCCUUGGAUGGACACUCACUGGGUUUUGUAUCCCAUUCCUCAUCACACUGGGCUGCUAUGGACAUGUGAUUGUCGUUCUCUGCCGCACAAAUACCACCGACAAGGUACUGAAACAGAGAUGCUUGAAGUUGUUGCUCAUCACGAUUCUUCUCUUCUCUGUUUGCUACAUCCCCUAUCAUGUACUGAAGAACCUCAGCCUCUGGUCAAGAGUUUUGUACAAACAGAAGAUAUGCCGUGAAUGGUCCAAUGGAGUCUACAUUGCUAAACAGAUAAGUCGUGGCCUUGUGUGUCUGAACAGUGCUCUCAACCCUCUGGUUUACCUCCAUGGAAGUGAAGAUAUUCCUGCUCGGCUCAGACGACUACUCCAGCGAGCUCGUCGGAUGUUCAGCCAUCCGCCUCCAACAAACUCUAAUAGUGUGGCCAUGGCUCAGAUCAAAUAUGAAGGUGUAACACAAGAAAAAUAGUAACAUGUUAAACAUUAUACUGUAUAUAUUAAUUGCCACAUAUAUAUUAAGUGUAUAUUCAUUCUAUUAGAGGGAAGGAAGAAUCACUUAUAAAAGGUAAUGAUAAGAAUUAUAAAUAUAACUUGUAUUAUCAUGGUAAUUGUUUUAUAUAAAUGGGUUUAAUAAGUUUAUGCUCUGUUAAGUAAAUUAAGUACCGUUUGAAUUAUUUCACUUCCAGUUACUUA